AUGGGUGCAGACCGUAUUGCAGUGGCCAAUGAUGGCAUGACUCGUGAGAGAAACAUCGAGGCUCAGAGUGCCUUCGCUUCUACUUUGGUGGUGGAUGUCGAGAAGGCGCCUCAUUCUAAGGAAGUGCCCACUGACAGACCGCAUACCAAUGUCUAUGGCUCCACUAUUGACACUCCCACUUCUGUGGCUGGAACCGAUGCCGUCUAUGCGGCUAAGGCGGCGCUUCUGAACCAGGCGCUGAUGGAUAUGGGUAUGGGGUUGUAUCAGUGGUUGCUUUUUAUUAUCACCAGUGUGGGAUGGUUUCUCGAUAGUUUCUGGUUGAUGUCCUUCACGGUCAUCGCCCCCUCCAGCGCCAAUGAAGCCCAGUUCUUCUUCACCGACAACAAAGAGGCCUACCUCUUCAUCAGUAUGUACGUCGGUCUGACCACGGGCUCCACCGCCUGGCCCUGGAUGUCCGACAUGCUGGGCCGGAAGUGGAUCUUCACGAGCACCCUGGUCCUUAUGGGCAUGGGUGGCCUCGUCGGUGCUGGAAUGCCGUCUUUCACCGGCCUUUGUGUCGUUGGCUUCGUUGUCGGCUUUGCAGUGGCUGGCAACCAGGUCGUGGAUGCGAUGAUUCUGCUCGAAUCUGUUCCCGCAUCUCACCAGUUCCUUGUCUCCAUGCAGGGUGCCAUGUGGGGACUGGGUCAGCUGGUAGCAGCAGCUGUCGGAUGCAGCUCCCAAUGCCAUUACGUCUCCAACAAGGGCUGGCGCUACGUCUGGUGGACCUUCGGCUGUAUGACACUCUUUCUGUACUUGUGCCGGUUUGCCUUCCCGCUGCGCGAAACCCCCAAGUAUCUGCUCUCCAAGCGCCGCGACGCCGAAGCCACCCAGCUCGUCAAGGACAUCGCCGCCUACAGCAACCGUAAGACCUGGCUGGAGGAGUCCUCCUUUGCGCGCAUUGACUCGACCGUUGAUGCCAGCGCCCCCGAGUCCCGUCGCCAGUCGCGCACCAAGUCCCUCCUGUCCUCUGCCGGAGCCAUCGGCCUCCCCGUUCUCUGUCUCCUCUGGGCCGUCGCCGGGUUGACUUUCACCCUGCACAAAACCUACAUCAGCAAGUACCUCGCCACUAAGGGUGUCGAGGCGGUAUCAGCUACCUCCGUGACUACUGGAUACCUCUACAGCCGGUACCUGUACGUUGCGCUGUGCGCUAUCCCCGGCCCGAUCGUGGUGGGUCUUCUCAUUGAGGCGAAGGGACUGGGUCGCAAGCGCACGGGAUCUAUUGUCGCUGUGCUGACCGGUUUGUUCAUGUUUCUCGCGACGGUGUCGCGGUCGAGGAAUGCGCUGCUCGCGUUCGAAUGUAUCCUGUCGUUCUUGCAGACGGCGACGAUGGCGGUGCUAGUUACGUACUCCGUCGAGGUGUUUGCGGCACCGUUCCGGGGUUUCGGGCUGGGAGUCGUCGGAUUCUGCUGGGGAUUGUUUGGGUUGAUUGCUAGUAUUAUUACGACGUUCGAGAGCACUGUUGCCGAUGGUGCGGCGGUGUGGUUCUGUGGUGCUAUUUGGGUGAUCAUGGGUGGUGCUUGGAUGGUUGUGCCUGAGACGAAGGGUCGGGCUGCUGCUUAG